CCGGCUUCGGCAAAGACUGGGGUCCAAUGCCGUUAUCAAUAAACCCCACCAAACUCCUAUCUCGGCGGGGGAAAGCUCUACGUUAGUACCUAUGUGGGAUCGACUGAGAAGGAUGGAGAGCUCUCAAGCAGGAGCUUAGCUGUGCCUAUCACGCAAUGAGCCCCGACACGGCAAGGAUGGAUUCGGUGGGAUUGCAUACAUAACGACGUUCACUCGUCCCUGGCCAACCCCUUGCUGUGAUUUCCUUCCCUUCUCUCAGUUCUCGACGUUUUGAGGAGUCAAGGGUGGCGGUGUUGCUAAUCCAAAGCUCUACUACCUCGACCCGGGGAACAUUGGGGUUGCUCAACCAGCAAUCAUUUGAUGACUUGAAUUGGUCCACCAUAUCGUUAAUUGCCAACACAAACCUCUCCCAUCGCCACCCCUCGGGACAGAACUCACAGCCCAAAAUGCGCUCCCAACUCCUCCUAACCCUCCUCUCCGCAAACCUCGCAGCAUCCUCCUCUCCCUUCUACACCGAACCUCAAUACCCAUUCAUCGAAACCGAGGACAUCCCCAAUCCCUCUACCGGCACCGGCCCCGGCUCCGGCGCCAACCAUGCGGCCUCCUCCUUCAAAUGCGACCUCCCGCCCCCCGUAACCCCCUCCGACGGUCUCCCCUCCGCCCGCGACCUCUUCACCUCCAAAGCCGCCGUCCAGAAACAAGUCGAGAGGCACGCGGCCCUCGUCCGCGUCCCCUCAAUCUGCUACGACGAUCUCGGAGACUUCGAUAAAGACGAGCGCUGGAACGUCUUUUACGAGCUUCAUGACGUGUUGAAGAAGACGUACCCCGUCUUCCACGCCCGCUCGACCCUCGAAAAAGUAAACACCUUCGGCCUAGUCUACACCCUCAAGGGAACAAACCCAUCCCUCAAACCCCUCCUCCUCGCAGCCCACCAAGACGUCGUCCCCGUAGCCGACGCCGCAACCUGGACCUACCCGCCCUUCUCCGCCCACUACGACGGCGAAUGGAUGUGGGGCCGCGGCGUCUCGGACGACAAGAACUCCUUCACCGCCCUCCUCUCCGCCCUCGAGACCCUCCUAUCUCUUCCCGGUGACGAUGGCGCCGGCAGCUACGCCUGGACCCCGACCCGCACAAUCAUCCUCGCCUCCGGCUUCGACGAAGAGUGCUCCGGCGCCCGCGGGGCGGGUCACAUCGCAACGCACCUCCAGCAGACGUGGGGCAACGACAGCAUGGCCCUCGUCCUCGACGAAGGCGGCAUGGGCCUGCAGCAGCUCGACGACGGCACGCUCUACGCCCUCCCCGCCGUCAUGGAAAAGGGCCACGUCGACAUCUGGAUCAACCUCCACGUCACGGGCGGCCACUCCUCCGUCCCCUUCCCCCACACGGGCAUCGGCAUCGUCUCCGAAAUGGUCGUCGCCCUCGAAUCGAACCCCUACUCUCCUGAACUCACAACCUCCAGCCCCCUGUACGAACACAUGGUCUGCCAGGCGCGCUACUCGCCCGACGCCCAGCCCAAAAUCACCCAGCUCUUGGAGGAAGGCGACCUCGACGCCCUCGCGGCGGAGCUCAUUUCCAUCGAUCGGCCGACGCACUACCGCCUCCAGACCUCGCAGAGCGUAGACUACUUCCAGGCCGGCCAAAAGAUCAACGCCAUGCCCGAGAAGAUCAAGGUCGGCGUGAACUACCGCGUCGCGCCGCAGAACAGCAUCCCCGAGAUCCAGCACAAUGUCGUAAAGUACAUUAGCGGCAUCGCUGAAAAGUACGGCAUCAAGAUCAAGGCGUUCGAGGGCGACGACGAGUACGAGAAGUACGCUGCGCUGCACAAGUCACACGAUAUUGGGUUGAUGAAGAAGCUCGAGGAUGGCGUGAAGCCCCUAUACGACGUUGAUUACAAUGGCACGCUCUUUCUCAGCCGCACGCAGGCGACGUUGCCCGCUCCCAUCUCGCCUACCACUGGGCCUAUCUGGGAUCUCUUCUCGGGCACGCUGCAGUCCAGCUUCCAGUUCGACGGUGGAAAAGUUGUUCCCGUGGGCGAGCUGAUGACCGGAAACACUGACACGAGGCACUAUCUGGGCCUUACUCGCAACGUCUACCGUUUUGUACCUAUCCGCAACGGGUACACCAUCAACGCCCACACCAUCGACGAGAGGAUCAAGUUUGAAGCACACAUGGAGAUCCUUAGAUUCUACUACGACCUCAUUCGCAACUUUGAUGCCUCAGACGCCUAG